AUGGCUCUCUCACCUCUUACUACUCCAAAGGACUUCUCAAGGGAUCCCUAUGAACUUGAUCGCCUUGCGGAUGAACUUGCAAACAGAGAGUCCUCCCAUCCUCGCUCGAUGCGACAGGCAUUCAGGCUCAACGAAGAACUUGACGAAGACCUUCCUGACCUUCCUGAGCACAUACCACUUUCCCAUAACGACAAAUAUCUCUCUGCAGAGGUCUUCGAUGUAGAGGAGUUCCUUCUGGCUCGGUCGCACACCUCACUUCCUGACCUCCGAGCAGAACUACGUCAAUAUCUUGCAGAGCUGAAGGAGGAGCUCGUGAAACUUAUCAACGACGACUAUGAGGCCUUUAUCAGUCUGAGUACGGACCUUCGCGAUGAAGGUGCACGGCUAGAGCGACUUAGGCACCCAUUGAAAACUCUGAAGGCCAAUGUCCUUGAAUCAAAACACGAACUCAAGGCGAUACAGAAUGCUAUUUAUGAUAAGCUAAUAAGUCGAGCCAAACUCCGAGAAGAAAAGGCCUUGCUGCAUCUCCUGCUCAAAAUUUCGGAUUCCGUGACGAGAUUAGAGUCCUUGUUAGUGAUCACAUCUCCCAAAGAAGACCUUAGCGAGUCUUUUGAAGUUAACAACCCCAAUUUUCUUGUGUAUCCGAGCCACAGUGAAGAGAUUUCAGAAGAAAAGUUCCGAGGAAAUAAGGCAAAACAUCUUGGACGUGUUGCUGCAGAGUACACCCAAUUACUGUACCACGUCCACAAGGCGCAAGUCGAAAACCGCGUGUUUGUCGCUGAAAUUCAAUGGCGUAUUGAUAGGAUUCAAUCCACCCUGUCAUCGGAUCUUGACCAGCUAUUCGCCCAGAUCGUGGUGUCAUUAACAGACCCCAAGGGUGAAAAUAGAGGAACUGAGUUGGAAAAGAACAAAUGGAUAGCGGACUUGACUGAGUGUCUUCGGACAUAUGAUUUACUUGGACUGUGGAGAGAUGCAGAAGAUGUUAUACGACGGGAAGCUUUCCGGGCCUUUAUUAAGAAAACCAUUUAUCCAGGUGCUCUGGCUGAGCCUCACUCGCCAAUAAUACCACACACCCCUUUCCAUAUUUCUGCUCCACCUCCCAUGACUUCUACUCCUGCACACCAAAUCCCAUACACACCGUUCACGGCAUUUAUCUCGAAACAAAUGGCGUACAAUGCAUUCGAUUCUUCGUCCUCAGACGCACCACAGCUUCACUUGCUGGAUGACGACGACCCCCUUGCCCGACUUUACAAUCAACUUCUGCGCUUCGUCGAACGUGACAUCUGUCGAAUCAUGAACAUAGCAGAAAGGGUGUCAGUCAAACAAGCCUCAGAUAUUCAAAAUGCACAAACAUCUUCCAGCCCAAAGGCCCAGGUUGAAGACCUUGAAAAGGGUUUCCACAUAAUGUCAGGAGUGGUGUGGGAUGAAUUGGGAAGGGCAAUCAUGGACGAGAUUGGUACUGUUGUCUUUGCCGCGGGGCAGCCAAACGAAUUUCGCAAGAAUUAUGAAACGACACAAGCUUUCAUAAGGUCUCUGGAACUACUGGCACCAUCUCGUCAGUCUGUAGAAGCUAUGCGAUCUCACCCUGUAUACCAUGCCUUUGAACGCCGGUGGCAGCUCCCCGUUUAUUUCCAGCUUCGGUGGAAGGAAAUUGCAGGCGCACUAGAGGAAGCCUUGUCUGCUCGGUUUGAGCCAACACUAUCCAAAGAUAAAUCCUUCGCAACUUCACAGGCUUCAGCGAUCUGGAUCGCCAUUUCAGCAUGCUGGAGUUCUGAGAUAUACAUUCCGGAGCUGUCGCAUAGGUUUUGGAAGUUAUCACUGCAGAUCCUCAACCGCUUUAAAGUAUGGUUGGACGAAAAUGUAGUUAAUGGAGCUCGGAACUCGUUUGAUGCCCAAGACAGAGUCUCCUCGCCAAAUAUUCCCCGUGCUGAAACCCCCGUGUCAGCAUCCGAGGUGCCUUCUGCAGAAACUGUUGCUGCUGACGAUGCAUUACUACGUCAAUCUUCAGCGGCAAUAGUGGACAUCCGAGUUCUCGAACAUAAUAUGCUCACGUUGUGGCGACAAGUGAUAAGCAUGAUGAUGCCAGACAGUGAUGAUGAAGAGCUCCAAACGGAAGAUGGCAUGCGGGAGAGUCUUGACGGCCUGGUAGCCUUCAUUGCGCCCUUAUCGAGCAAGAUUGCCGGGGUUCUGACGAAACGAUGUUGCGAUGGUUUGCUUCCUGUGCGGAGUAUUCCUUCGCAAUUCAGAGCCAUGUCCAAUAAGCGUAAUCCAUCGGUGCCGAGUUAUUUCGUCUCGUCUAUACUCCGGCCUGUGAAGCAAUAUUUUGCCAUUGGGGCUGCUGACGGUCCUGGAAGCGCCCUCAAAGAUGCAUUCCUAAAGCCUUAUGCCACUGAAGUGUUUAACAAUGUGACGCAACGAUAUAUCAGUUAUUUAACUGCAAUGAAGAAAACAGAAGAAUCAUUAAGACGGUUGAAGAAGAACAAGAAACAACCAUUUUCGUUGUUUGGUAGCUCAGCUGGUGCAUCGGACGAAGGAAAGGACGAAGAGAGAAUCCGCAGUCAAAUGAUUUUAGACGUAGAAGCAUUUGGAAGAGAUGCCCAGUCUUUGCAAGUUGAAGUGGACACCAACCAACAUUUUCUCUUCCUCAAAGAAAUGGUGUACGCUUCUGACGCGGAAUAG